CUUGCACAUCUAUCUGAGCCACGGGUCGACCGCUUCGUUCCCCCCAUCAGCCCACGUCACAACCCCCGUCACAACCCGAUAGAGGUCCUCGCUCGCUCUUUCGGCUUCUGGAGGAUAUUCCAAAGGGAACCAUGGCGGGUGCCGAAAGGCUUUUAGCCAACGAGUUCAAGUUGCAGUCCAAGGAGAAAUGGUCACACGUCGAGCUCAUCAACGAUAACAUCUUCGAGUGGAGCGUGGCUCUUAUCGUCUUGAACCCCGACUCGCUCUACUAUGGCGGAUAUUUCAAGGCAAAGAUGACCUUCCCGAGCAACUACCCGUACAGUCCACCAGACUUCCGAUUCCUGCGGCCGCUCUACCACCCCAACAUCUACCCGGACGGUCGGCUUUGCAUAUCCAUCCUGCACCAACCCGGCGAAGAUGCCAUGUCUGGAGAACUGGCGGCCGAGCGUUGGUCUCCUGUUCAGCGUGUGGAAACCGUGUUACUCUCAGUUCUCUCCCUCCUCGACGAUGCCGAGGUCAACUCGCCGGCCAAUGUAGAUGCUGGGGUUAUGCUGCGGAAUAACCCGGCUAAAUACAAGGAGUUGGUGAAGAAGGACUUGGAGCUCAGCAAGCAAGACAUACCCGCAGGGUUCGACAUGCCCACACACGAGACAGCAUUCCAGACGAAGAAGGAAGAGGUGGACUACGAUAUGACGUGGGAGGACAGCGAUGUGGAGAGUUUUGGAGGAAGUGACUCUGAAGGCGACUUGGAGCUUGAUUCCGACUUCGCAGAGGAAGAAGACGACGACGAGGAUGACGAGGAUGAAGAGGAGGAGUAGGAGAACGGCAAUACCACCAUGGAGGGCUACCUACCUCGUGGAUGAGGUCCUCGCGCGGGGUUGGACCUGACCGUGCCGUGAACGCCGAACUUCUCCCUCAAGGGGUAUCAAGAUGAGGCGGAUCACGCACCUUGAAACCUACUGCAUCAUGCUUUUCUUACUGCAUUGUCUUUCAUGUCUUUGAAGCGCGGCGUCACUGGGUUCUUUCAUGGUUUCUGAGACGACAGCCCGUGUGUCAUGUUUAUCACCAGCUGGGCCCGGGGGACAUAUAUUGGCGUCGUUCCUCGGAGGCGCCCAUUUUGAGGCGUCCGUCUCCUAUAUGGGUCUGGAUUCAAUACAUCAACCAUGAUUCAAUUGUGCUGCUUCCCAAAACAUAGCUGUAGAUGCUGGCGUUGUAUGCGUGAAAAGAUACUCCAGCGAUCAUCUUACUUUCCCCAUGUCUGUA